AUGGCUACUUGCAGUCUCAAAUCGCUACGGCGACCUUCUCUCACUCUCAUCUCUGGAGCGAAAAAGAGAUCAUUUCGCUACAAUGGCAUCAUCUCAAAAGCUGCUUCUCGCGGCUUAGCCACCGUCACCGCUCAAACGACCCAAGCUCCACCGCCCAUGGUCAUGGAAGACCACAAUACUAGACUCAUCAACAUGGGCUUCAACUACAACUACAUCGAACAUGUCGAGAACCUCGAACAGUAUUGUCAUGGCGGGUUUCAUCCUGUUGCACUAGGUGAAACUAUCAAGGAUCGCUAUCUUAUUCUCAAUAAGCUUGGCCAUGGGGGUUAUUCUACCGUCUGGCUCUCGUGGGAUAUUUUGAAACAGAAAUAUGCUGCAUUAAAGAUUGUGCUAGCGGACUUUGGCGAGGAUUCUACAGAGGUUGAUGUUUUGAAUCAGCUUGAGACAAAAGCUGGCAAGAACCAUCCUGCGAGGAAUCUUAUUCGUCAUGUCACGGAUAACUUCCACUUUGAUGGACCGAAUGGAAGACACACAUGCUUGGUUAACGACCCGGCUAUGAUGUCGCUGAGACUUGCAAAGGAUACAUCGCUCUCAAGACUGUUUCAACCAAGGACGGCCCGAGCUAUUGCUGCACAGGUUGUUCAAUCAGUGGCUUAUCUUCAUCAAGGCGGUGUGGUGCACGGUGAUCUCCACCUUGACAACAUCCUGUUACAACUCCCGGAGCGAAUCAGACAGCUAUCCCCGGAUCAACUGCAUGAAAGACAUAGUCAUCCUACUACUGUCCCUGUCACAAGACUUGACGGUCUUCCCCUUGAUGACAAUGCACCACGUAACGCUGUGCUGCCAAUAUGGUUAGGUCAAAAGAGUGAAGAUGUCGCUCUUGCAGAUGCAAAGAUCCUUCUUGGUGACUUUGGCGAGUCUUAUCUCCCCAGUCAAGAGAAGCGUCAAUACUCCAAUGCACCCAUCCGGUACCGCGCUCCCGAGACACAGUUCCCUGAUGUCUGCCAGUCUCUUUCUUUUAGCUCCGAUAUCUGGAGUCUAGGCUGUCUCCUCUGGAACGUCGUAGGUCAACAGCCCCUCUUUGACGCCUGGACCCUUUCUGAAGACGACAUUCUUCAAGAUCAGAUCGAUCUUCUCGGCGAAAUCCCAGAAGAAUGGUCGGCAUAUGGCUCCAAGCCCUCACAGUACUGGGUUGAAGACGUAGCAGAAGACAUCAACUCACUACAGAAGCCCAACGGCAACACAUGGGAAACCCGCUUUGAGCGAUGUAUCCAAAAGUCCCGUAAAGAAAGCAACAUGAAGCCCAUGUCCAAGGACGAAAAGGCUGCGUUCAUCGAUAUGAUGAAGAGUAUUAUGACGUUCAGGCCUGAAGAUCGUGUUACAGCGAAGGAGCUGAUGGAGUGCAAGUGGAUGAAGCAGUGGGCUUUGCCCGAGUUGAAGAAACUCGCAUGA